UGAUUUGCUGAGCAAUUCGACACUGGGUUCAAAGAUGCGUGUGUGGAAGAGGCAGCGGUAGAGAGACGGAGACCGAGAGCGGGGAAGAAGUGACGGUAACGGGGCUGAGGAGAGCGCGCACCGGGGCCGGGACGCGGAGCAACUCGGGACAACAACAAAACUCUCCAGCACCUCCACUCGAGUCAGACUAAAAAAAAAGGGGGGGGGGCUGCCUGUCGCACCUUGGCUCUCUGGCCGAAGUCUCUGCUGAGAAGUUACGGCUCUGAAAACUGCCUUCCAACCCCCGGCCGCUUCCAUAGCUCCCUUCUCCGGUUGUCUCGCACUUUGAGCCCGUGUCUAAUGGAGGGCCCCGUACGGAUUUGCCACCAGAAGAAUGCGUUCUGCUGCUAAUUCAUCCGGCGGCUCGCAGCUUUUACCCUCCUGGAACAGAGGUUUACCGAACAGACGAGGGUGUGUGUGCUGGGCAUCACGGCUGCUGGCAGGGGUCAAAGUGCACCAUGGACGGUGGCCUGAGGGUCCUCCUGUCCACUGUGCUGUGUCUCAGCCAGUCCCUGCUUAUCAGCUGUUCAUCUCCAUAUCCCUCGUUCCGCUCUGAGCCGGCCUCCGUGGUGCAGAGUCACGGCUCCGCUGUCCGUCUGCGCUGCUCGGUGAGUCCUCCGGCGGCGGCGGUGACCUGGCGCUUCCGAGGCCGUCCCUUGGACCCCGCCGCCCUGCCCGGGGUGGAGCUGAACAGGGCGUCCCUUAGCAUCCCCUCCCUUCAGCCCGGCCAUGUGGGCAUCUAUCAGUGUGUGGCACGCUUAGACCACGGGCCUGCCGUCGCCAGCCGCCACGCGCACGUGGCCAUAGCAGAAAUAUCAGAAUAUGAGGAAAGUCGGCGGCGGACGUUAGUGAUGCAAGAAGGCAGCACCGUCCUGAUCGAGUGCCCGCUGCCCCACAGCGUCCCUCCGGCCGUCCCUCGCCUAAAGGCCCGAGGCGAGCGGCUAGAAGUGUCGACAGACGACUAUUUAGUUCUUCCAUCUGGAAACCUCCAGAUUGUCUCCUUCUCAGCCCGGCACCAAGGCAUGUAUAAAUGUGGUGCAUACAACCCUGUGACCGGGGAGACCAGGGUGCAAGCUCAUGGUACUAAGCUGUCAGUCAAAUAUUCGGACGCCCCCGCCCCCGUGCGGAUAGCAUACCCAACGGCCUCCAGGAACAUAUCAGUGGAGCGAUCUCAGCCGCUGACAUUGGAGUGCAUCGUGACCGGCAGUCCUGCACCGGUGGCCAAAUGGUUUAAGAACGGCAAAGAGGUCGUGCUGGGACCUUCUCACCUGCAACAGCACAACAACCUGGCGUUUGUGACGGUGGAGAGGAGCGACGAAGGGAGCUACCAGUGCACGGCUCAGAGCGACACCGGGACGGUGGUCAGCGCCAACUAUACUGUGAACGUGCUAGAGCCGGUGUCCAUGGUGCAGGGCCUGAGCAGCCAGUCUGUCCCUCCCGGCUCCUCGGCCACCUUUACCUGUGUGGCGAGGGGGAACCCUCCCCCCGGCGUCACCUGGCUGUUCAACAGUGAUCCCGUCUCCCCGUCGCACCGUCUCCAGAUCUCUGGAUCCUCGCUGGUGUUGACAGAUGUGACAUCACAGGAUGAAGGCGUGUACCAGUGUCUGUUCGACAACGGGAUCGGCUCAGUGCAGUCGUCUGGCGUGCUCACCACCGAAUCACAGCCUCAGCUGGAUCAGACUGCCGAUGAUGACCCGCUCGAAGCAUUGCCAUCCCUCCAUCCCAUGCAGAGCGACGAGGGCGAGGAUCACCUCCUGACUGAGGACGAAGGCGUGGGGGACCCGAUCGGACUCCCCACCGACCGCAGCGGGGACCGGCCCACCCCAGAGGCGCCGAUCAUCAUCAGCCCUCCUCAGACGCACAAACCGGACGUGUACGACCUGGAGUGGAGGGCCGGGCGCGACGGAGGCAGUCCCAUCACCGCCUAUUUUGUCAAAUACCGGAAGGUCGAUGAGAUGGGGACGGUCGUGGGGAGCUGGAACACAGUCCGUGUCCCUGGCAGUGAGAAGACGCUGCGCCUGUCAGAGCUGGAGCCUUCCAGUCUGUAUGAGGUGCUGAUGGUGGCUCGAAGUCCGGCGGGGGCGGGCCAGCCGGCCAUGCUCACCUUCCGCACCGGCAAGGAGAAGACCACCUCCUCCAACAAGAACCCGUCCAAGGCCCCGGUGGUCCCCUUGCCCCCCAAAGCUCCUGAAGACAAAAUCCCCAACACACACUUUGGAGUCGUCAUACAUGACAGAGGACCCGAGGCCCCGGAUCGCCCCACCAUCUCUAUGGCAACGGAGAGCUCUGUGUAUGUCACGUGGAUCCCAAGGGCCAAUGGCGGCUCUCCCAUUACGGCUUUCCGCGUGGAGUACCGGCGUGGCCGCAGCGCCGAGUGGAUCGUUGCUGCGGAUAAUAUCUCCCCUCUCAAACUGUCCGUGGAGGUUCGCAGUCUGGAGCCCGGCUCUACCUACAAGUUUCGCGUCAUAGCCAUGAACAUGUACGGCGAGAGCCCCCACAGCAUCCCCUCCAAGCCCUACCAGGUGUCCCAGGCCAGCCCCCGCUUCUCGGUCCGUCCCGUGGCCGGGCCCCAUAUCUCGUCCACCGACGCCAUCAGCGACACGCAGAUCAUGCUGCGCUGGACUUAUACUCCCUCCAGUAACAACAACACUCCAAUCCAAGGUUUCUACAUUUACUAUCGACCCACAGACAGCGACAACGACAGCGACUACAAAAGGGACGUGGUUGAGGGUGUAAAACACUGGCACAUGAUUGGCCAUCUCCAGCCAGAGACGUCUUACGAUAUCAAGAUGCAGUGUUUUAACGACGGGGGAGAGAGCGAAUACAGCAACGUCAUGAUCUGUGAGACCAAAGCACGCCAGCCCCCGGGGGUGCCGAGCCAGCACCCCAUCACCCCGCCGGGCCCCCACCCCCAGGAGCCGCCCAGCCCCCCCGGAGGACUGCUCUACCUGAUCGUGGGCUGUGUCUUAGGAGUGAUGGUGCUCAUCCUGCUGGUCUUCAUCGCCAUGUGUCUGUGGAGGAAUCGGCAGCAGAACAGCAUGCACAAGUAUGACCCUCCUGGCUACCUGUACCAGCCUGCUGAGAUGAAUGGCCAUGUUCUUGAGUACACCACGCUGCCUGGCACCAGCCGCAUCAAUGGGGGCGUCCACGGGGGCUACGGGCACAGCGGGCCCAUGCUACCCCAAGGAUGCCAUCACCUCCACCACAAACUCCCCAACGGCUUGGCACUGCUCAACGGGUCGGGCGGCCUGUUCUCACCUGGCCACCCACACAGCCACGAUGGCACUCUGCCCCACAGCACCAUGGACUGUGAGCACUCGCAUCCCCACCACCACCAUAAUGGUGGAGGCAUGUACACAGCUCUUCCCCAAACCGAGUCUUCUGACUGUAUGAGCUGUCAGAACCUCUGCAACAACAACAGAUGUUACACCAAGACCAAUGGCACUUUCUCCAGCGGCACUCUGCCCUUAAUGCAUCGCGUGGCGCCGUGCCAGCAGGACGGGCUGGAGAUGGUGCCUCUGGGCCAGGUUUCAACGCCGUGCCACAGCCCUGACAACCAGACGCACUCUUGUGACCAGGAGGCUGAGCCGGGGUGCCAGCCAGACGAGCAUAAGGACUCCUCGCCCUCGCAGCAUUCCUGCUGUCUGCUCGGGGACAAUGAAAAUUACCCCGGCGACGACACUGUCGAAGAGGAGCCGCAGUGUGUGGACAUGGAGGGGCCUGUGGUGUGCUGGGAGAGUCUCGGCCUGCCCGACUUGGACUGUGACGAAAAGCCUGGGUGGAUCUCCAGCAACAACCUGGCAGGAGAGCUGAUCCAGCCCAGCCCGCAGGAGGUGUGAACGACAGCCCGUACACACACUCACACACACACACUCCUGAAGCUGGAGUCGGGUGGGGCAGGGGUGAAGUGGGGCUGGGAGGUGGAUCCGGGCAGACCAACCGGGCAGAACGAAAGACUGGUGGAUAUAUCACAUGGGAAAGAAGAGGAUCGGUGAUGACGUUGUCAGAGACGCUGAGUGUUAACGGCGACACGGGCACUAAACCGUCGAUGGACUAAGCCGAGACGAGCGACGCGGGAAAAAGGACGGUGAGCCGGAGAGACUGAGACGAAAGCCAGAUGGAGAGAAACAGAGAGGGAAGGAGUGUCGCUCACAGACAAAACUAUAUCCCACCAGAGGGAAGACUCUCAUGAAAGAUCAAAAACUCUUUAGAUGACUUAUUUAUUUUUUGUAGUAGAAAAAUAUUAUUUCAUAUGAAUGUAUCUGUUUUAAAGAAAAAAGUUUGUCUUUAUAUUAUUUAUGCCUUUUGGAUGAGAAAUACUUUUAUUUUUUGUCGUCUUGUCCAUCUAUGUUCCACGCAGUGUGGGGCUCAGCAAUUGUCGGUGUAAAGUUUUGUAAUAAUAUAAAGAGAAGAUAUGGAAGAGUAAACAACAAACCUAUUUUCAGUUUCUUUCCUCCCCCUUUCCCCGUUGUGUGUGCAGCGCUGCAUGAAUGAUUGCCAUUGUGAAUUUCCCCGGCCACAGUCCGAACCCAUCGAUAUUUCUGGCAGGCCUUUGAUGUGGUUCUCUGACGGGCCGUCCCACUGCAGUGACCCCUCGGUGGGGUGAACGCUCCCGGCACUGUUCAGAUGACGGUGCUGCUCUUUGCUUCAGUGACGACUUGAUCGCUUAUUACUUUACGCAAAAUGCCCUGUUCCUGUGAGUGCUCUCAUGAUGACCCACU